AUGGCCCUCGCCGGCAACCCUGGACUGCCGGGGUUCCCGCCCGCCCCGUCACGGGCCUCGGCCCCGGGGCACCUUCCGCUCGCCUCCGAGCCGCGGAGGCAGGGGCGGAAGAACAAAUCUGGCAGCGCGGCACGGCCCUCAGAGGAGGAAGCUCCGCUCCCCGCCCCAACUAGACAGGUUUGCCGAGGAGAGCCGGGCCGGCUGGCCGCGCCAGCCGCGCAAAGGGGCGGGGCACCUGGGGGGCGGGGCACGGAGCCUCGAGGGGCGGGACCUUGGGCCUCGAGGGGCGGGGCGGGGCUGCCUACUGCGUGCGUGCGGCUGCGCGCCUCCCUCGCCCUCCCCCGCGGUCCCGGGCUGGCCGUGGCGCGCGCUUCAAACCCAGGAGCGGGAAUCAUCGGUUUACACCGCGUCAGACUGCCGCCCGCAAUCUCCGUCAUCAAAGCAGGCAACUCUGUAGAGGAUGCCUUUCCCUGGAAUGAUCCGGAAUGGACGACACCUGAGCUCUCUCUGCCAAUCUUAGCAACAUCCAAGGCCAUUAUCCCUUUGAAAACUAUGGCUUCGUUUGGGACAAAAAGGAAGUAACUUACGAAAUGUGACCAGUCAGGUAGUUCCCUACACAAGGCUUCCUGGCCCAAUUUCUGUUGCCAUUAGCUUUUCAUCACCCAAGGCCGCAGGAUUUUCUGACCAAUAAUUUGGAUACCUAUAUUCUUAUACAUGUUGGCUAGGAAGGUGCGCCAUACAGUCUCCACCACAUUCUAGCACAAGCAGUCAUUAAACUUCACUCUAGCAUAAGUUAAGAGUUCAGACUGCAGUGAGAUGGCUAAGAGCAUGAAAGAUCUGCUCGAUUCAAGUGUUAGGAGCUUGAAUAAGUUUCUUAAUUUCUCUGCCUCAUCUAUUAACAUAGGACUGACAAUACAAUUUAUAUAGAGUUGUUGCCAGAAUUAAAGGAGUUGAUGUAUGUGAAGCACUUAACUCGGUAACUGGCACAUCGUAGAUAACUCAAUAAAUGCUAUUACCCUUACACAUACAAGUGCCGUUUCAUACUCAGUUUGACUUGGCAAGCCUUUCCCAACCACUUCAGGUGCCUUCCUGUUUUGUCCUCAAUCACUGUACAAAUAUUUUCUGAGGAUCUAUUACCUGCAAGUGCCAAUUAUGGAAAUAAAAUCUUCUAGUCUU